AGAAUCUUUUUGCAGGAAUAGUGAAUAAAAAUUCUUAGCUGCUAUAAAACCAGUGUAUAUUUUGCAGUGAUAGUAAACAUCGUUUCUCACUCUAUAAUUCCUCUCUAGUUAGUGAAUGAAGGGUGCAAACCAAAGUACAGUAGAGCUGCUAUCAGCCCAGUGCACAUGGUGAAGAGAGAGAGACUGAAACGGGUGUGUCAUAUCCAGCUCUUCCCAGCAUGAGGUGUGUCUCUCUUACUGUGGACAUGUGUCUGUUUUCUGCCUGUAUUUUCAAGUGUCGCCAUUUAGGCUUCAGCAUCUGAUCUAACAAGAUGGCUUCUGUUAAUGCUUGUCUGAUUCAGUUAACAUUUGCAGUCUGAUAUUUACAUCAUCAGAGGAAACUAACAUCAGAUACCAGAGGCCGCCCACUGGAUUAUUACCAAAAUGAGCUUCCCUUUGGAACUUCUGUUGGUUCUUCUAGGCUUUUCUGGCAUGUGGCAGAGGACAGAUGGUCAGACAUUAGGUAAACCUGUGCUCUUGGGUCCUCCUGAGGCUGUUUUAGGCACUGUAGAGGAGUUUUUCUGUGAGUUGGAUAAAGUCCCUGGAGGCCUGUCUGUUCUGUACAGGCUCUUAAAGGAAGGUAAUUUCUCGAAGACUUUUGGGCACUACAGUGCCCACACUGGAGAGCCUGGCAAAUUUCCCAUCCUAGUCAAACAUACCCAUGAUGGAAGAUUCAUAUGUGAAGCCAGUGCACAAAACAACACAGAGGUCACUCCCUCAUUCAGUGACCCAAAACGCUUCAAAGUUAUUGAAAAGGCAGAAGCUGCACGCAUCACAUCAGAACCAGAUUCUGAAGUAUUCUGGGAAGGAGAAAGUGUGACCCUGCAGUGCAGUGUGAUCAGUGGAACCUACCUCUCCUAUGAAUGGCAGCUGAAUGAUUCGCUGGUUGUGCAUCGCUAUAACAGAUCCCGGGGUCAACUGACCAUCCAGAGGCUCUCCACCAGUGACAGUGGUGUAUACAGCUGUUCGGCUUCAAACCACUUUAAUGGUUCUCUCUAUUCCACCAGCACCACCGCCUUGGUAGUGCGGGUUAAAGAGCAACUGUCAGAACCUGAAAUCUCAUUUCAAGUUAUUGAAGAUGGAAAGGGAAUUUUCAGCGCCCUGGUGACAUGCAUGUCGGAGAGAGGAACCCCACCUGUAACCAUCCACCUUCUCAAGAACAACCGCUCGCUUGCUGUGGAACACGGCCUCCGUGUUGUAUUUUCAGUGCCAAUUCAUCUGAACCAGGACAUGGGCUUGGUGCAAUGCCAGGCAACCGAUGGGACUCGAAUUAUGCACAGCAAACCACAGAACAUCACAGUGGAGACAGUUGGAGGCGCCGUGUCAAUGAAGAUUUACCGAACGGUGGAGCACGACUUCGAGAUUAUGAGCGUGUGGCUGCAGUGCAGUGUGGAGAGAGGAACCGUUCCACACUACUACUGGUUCCUCAACAACACCUUGCUGAAAAACCCAGGGCUCUUUCACUUUGUGCUCAGGCCUGAUGAUUCAGUCAUAGCAUUUAUUUUAGACCCACAAUCUACUGGCAUCUACCACUGUGAGUCUGCAAAUGCCUUUAACAACGUCACGAGAGUACAAAGCCCAAAGCGCCUGAUCAGUAAAGAAGUGAUGAACAAGGUACCAAUGAUAUGGGUGGCUGUUGUCUUUACCUGUUUCGCUGUUCUGGUUGUUGCUCUGACAGCAUGUUGUCUUUAUGGGCUGGUGUUGCGAAGGAGAACAACCGACAAAUACAGAGAUCUUAAAGAAGACAUAAUGCAGAUGAGUUACAUAUCCGACAACAUUCAGUAUGAGAAUGAGUAUGAUGAAGAAGAUGGUAAUGCUGAUGAAAUGGCUGAAGAUUUAUAUGAAGAAGAUUUGGACGUUGUAGAAGCCUCCAGGAUAGAAGACUCUGAUGAGGGUGAAGAGGAAGAUGAAAACAGUGAUGACGAACAGGAGGAAGAAACUGAAGAAUUGGGAGAAGAGCCUGAAAAACAAGCAGAUGAUACUAAAAAACAAGGUGAAGUGCCCGAAAUACAGAAGGAAGAAACUGGACAACUGGGAAAAGAGCCCACAAAACAGGAGGAAGAAACUGGAGAACAAGAGGAAGAGCCUAGAGAACAGAAGGAAAAACCCAGAGAACAAGAGGAAGUAACUGGAGAACAGGAGGAAGAAACUAGGGAACAAGAGGAACGAACUGAAGAACAGGAGGAAGAACAGAAAAAAGAACCCAAAGAACAGGAGAAAGAACCUAGAAAGAAGGAGUUAACUGGAGAACAAGAUGAAGAAACCAGAGAAUCAUAUGAUGUACCGAAAGAAAAGAAAGAAGAACCCAGAGAACAGGAGGAAGAGCCUAAAGAACAGGAGGAAGAACCUGGAGAACAGGAGGUUGAACCUGAAAAGCAGGUGGAAGAAACUGGAGAACAGGUGGACGCAACUGGGGAACAGGAGGAAGAACCUAAAGAACAAGAGGAAGAGCCUAAAGAACAGGUGAAAGGAACUGGAGAACAGGUGGACGCAGCUGGAGAACAGGUGGAUGCAGCUAGAGAACAGGAGGAAGAACCUAAAGAACGGGAAGAAGAACCUGGAAAGCAGGAGGAAGAGCCUGCAGUGCAGGAGGAAGAACCUGGAAAGCAGGAGGAAGAACCUAAAGAACGUGAGGAACAACCUGGAAAGCAGGAGGAAGAACCUAAAGAGCAGGAGGAAGAACCUAAAGAACAGGAGGAAGAACCUGGAAAGCCGGAGGAAGAUCCUGGAGAACAAAAGGAGGAACCAGGAGAACAGGAGGAAGAACCUGGAGAACAGGACGAAGAACCUGAAAAACAGGAGGACGAUCCUGAAGAGCAGGAGGAUGAACCUUUCGUGCAGGAGGAAGAACCCAUGGAAACAAAUGGAGAACAGGAGGUAGAACCUAGUGUGCAGGAGGAAGAACCUAUGGAAAUAAAUGGAGAAAAGGAGGAAGACACUGGAGAACAGGGUGAAGAACCUGACCAACAGGAGGAAGAGAGUAAUGUGAAUGAUGAAUAAUCCAAAGUCAUUGAUACCAACAAUAACUGUGAUGGACUGAUAUUAGGUUAUCUAUACUGGAAUAACAGUCAAAUAAAAACAUCCAAUCUUUGAAAACUGAUCAUAAUAAUCCGAUAUCACUGUUCUGUUAUGUAUGUUUAUUUUACACCUAGUAUAUCAGGUUCUUGUAAUGAAGUAUCUGACCAGUCUGCAGUCUGUUAGGAUGAACUUCACAAGGUGGUGCACUUGACAAAGGCCGAAUGUUGCUUUGCUCUGUAUUUUUUUCUUUCAGGUUUUCAAUUUUUUCAGGGUUUGGAAAAAUAUUGAAUUUAAGUGGAAGUUAAGUUUUAGAGUUUAAAAUUAUAAGUUGUGCUUGUGCAUUGUUAUAUGUUUUCCUAUAAUAAAAUUAUAUGGUUUCCAA